CCCGCCGCCGCCCUUCUCUUCCUCCUCCUCCUGAUGUAUGGAUGAUAUCCUGCGUUGCAAAAGAGCGAGCGGCAAUCUGUGUACAUAUAGAUGUAUCUCUAUCCAUAUGUGACGCGGCCAUAUUUGCGGCGUGCGCUUGUCUCUCGCAGUAAACAACCCCCAAAGUCUCGGGGAAGACAGACAGACCGACGGACAGGCAGACGGAGCCCGAGAGAGCCGCGUCGUGGAAUUUCAGGACAUUUCGCCGCCUCCUUUCGCCGAUGUCGCUGCUGCUGCUCGGCAUGUCUUACAAGCCAAACUUGACCGCGCACAUCGCGGCGGCUCCCAUCAGCCAAGGUAAGGCGCAAACUCUGCCGGUCCCUCUCCGGAGGCUCCUUAGCAUGGCUGCUUAAGCGCACGGAAUAUCGCUAUUUUGCAUUGGUUCGCCUUUUGCAAGAGGAGGUGGCGGCGGGGGGAGCCCCGGUUGCCCCGCUGGCGCCGGAGGCGAAGGCAAGCGCUGCGCUGCGCCCUGGCUACCUGGGCGAGCCCCGCCGCUCGGAGACGGGCUCUUCGCCUUGCUCCCGCUCGCUCCGCUUCCCCACUCAGCUGGGAACGUCCACUCUCCUUCCACAAGCAUGGCAGGCUCAGGGCAAUACAGACAACUUAUAAAUGACUACGGACCCCCAUCUCUAGGCUACACACAAGGAGUGCAGGGAACGAGUAGCAGUCAAGUACCACAGAGCAAGUAUGCAGAACUUUUGGCCAUCAUAGAAGAAUUAGGAAAAGAAAUCAGGCCUACAUAUGCUGGAAGUAAAAGUGCCAUGGAAAGGCUAAAACGAGGCAUCAUUCACGCCAGAGGACUAGUUCGAGAGUGUUUGGCAGAGACUGAGCGCAAUGCAAGAUCCUAGCAUCUCUUCCCAUGGCUGCAAGAUUUUUCCACCUUUUAUGAAAAAGGGACACCAGUUCCUUUGGAGACUACAGAAGGCAUUCAGAGAGAUCCCUUAAUUUGACUCAACCACUCCUCACCCCCACUGCCAUUUCCAAGAAUGUGGGCCACAAUCCAAAGUAGCACUUGGGAGGCACCCAAGGGCUUGUGUGCCCAGUGGAAAGUUUGAAUCCCCCCCAACAAAUACACCCACCCUGUGCCAUACUUCAAACAGCUUCUGAAAUGCCUCUUGGUUUCAAAAGCAGCUCACCAUCCAGAAUGGGGGAGCUUUGGUUUGAGGAAGUCCAAAGGUCUCCUCGGGUAGAUAAAACUUGUGCUGUCUUUUUUUCUUCUGGAAUCCUGGCCAUAGUCAAGAAGAUUAUCCUUCCUCUCAUUUAAAGUGGAGUUUGCAAUAUUUCAUUUAAGUUGAGGCAUUCCCUGAAUUAGUUGAAUAUUUUUUUUAAAGAAACAACUGCAUUCCUCUCUUAAUUCUCUGUUCUGCCUCAGGUUGCUCCUUUAAGUGUUCCCCAUAUCCAGUGGUUUUCAAACUGCAUUUUAGGAAAGGUCUACGGCUCCUUAGCUUUCUAGGGACUUCUCAGUGACAAUAUCAGUAAUGUUGGACACGCUCUGCUGCUGCCAGUAUUCCUGUGUAAUGUAAAAGGAGUGCUGGUUAUGUUCUAGGUUGCAAGGUAUGGUCAUGUGGGGCAUUGGCAAAGCUAAGCAGCUCCAGAUAUUACACCCCAUGGAUUGGGUGUACACACCACAGAGUCCUCUGCAGUGCAGCAGACUUCCUAUGGCAAACACUCAGCCUUUGCAGAACAGCAGAGUGAAGGGCUCCUUGAAAGCAAAAUUUGAAAACAGCUGCCUUAAUCCUCAAGCAUUCAUUUGACUUCACCACUAAACCAUUUCUUACCAGACUGCUUUAAUUUUGAGUACAGAUAUUGUUUCUUGUUUCACUGGUUGACAGCCUAAUUUCUAAUUUGGUGCACACACCAUAAAUUCUGUUCAAAAAUUACCCCCCCUCCCCACCAUUUUGCAUGAUUGUUAGUGUUUCCAUUAAAAGUGCACGAGUUCUACAAAAAGACUAUUCUAACCUGUCGCAGGCCCCAAAAGCAACUUUAUUCCCCCAGAUUUAAAUUGUAACUUUGCAAAAAAGAAAAGAAAAAAAAGAAUUCCAAAUAAGUGACUAAAACUGUUAUUUGC